CCAGCAUUGACCCGCACACAGAGCUGAGGAUGAGGGACUCCACGGAGCUGGCGGCACAGCAGCGGGGCACCCUGGGGUGUCUGAGCCAUUUUCAGGUCCUCGUGGUGCUGCAGCUGCUCUUCCUAAUCCUCUUCAGCAUGACACUGCUAGCAUUCUUGGUCCAAGGUCCCAAGGCCCUCAGUUUCCAAGAGGAGAACAUGAUUUACAAGAAACUGACACAGCUGAAUUCUAGAGCCGCCCGCCUGUGCAACCCCUGUCCCUGGGACUGGAGAUUUUUCAGCGGAAACUGCUACUUGUUCUCCAUGACCAAGCGGAACUGGCACGGCUCCUUUGAUGCAUGUGAAGAAAUGGAGGCGAGUCUGGUGAUCAUCACAAGUGCUGAGGAGGAGAGUUUCCUUCAGGAGAAUUUAAGGGGAAAAAAACUUGCCUGGAUAGGUCUUUCAGAUCUAGGUGCUGAAGGCACGUGGAAAUGGGUGAAUGACUCACUUCUGCCUGACAGUUUGAAGUUCUGGAUGUCAGGGGAGCCCAAUGAUUACAUGAAUGAAGACUGCGCAGAAGUUACUCCUUUGGGCUGGAAUGAUCACCACUGUGAACUAGAGAAAUCCUGGAUCUGCAAGAAGCCUGCAGCUGCCUGCCUUCCCUAACAAGUCAAGUUUGAUCUCUUUCCCCAACACUGAGACUGAAUGCUCCUGCUGAUGCCAAAAAACUAGACAUACUUCUGACAAUUCCCUCCGCACCCAUUUAAUAUUUUAUGAGAACAUAGUUGCAAGACACAGUGUUCAGCUUCCUAUUAAGGAGUAGGUAACCCUGAUUAACCUAAUAUUUUAUCCCCCUCCCCUUUCCUUCUUUUCCCUUCCCUCCAUCUCUGUAUUCCCUUUUCACUUGCAAAAGAUCUUUCUCCAUGGUUCCUUUUGCUGGUCUUUUAUAUUGUUGUGCCGGGCCGGA